UCAGACUGAACAGCAAGGAAGCAGAGACCCAAUAGGCAGCCUGCUUAACGGAGGAGAGCAAAGUUUGGUAGAACGAGGCAGAAGAGAGAGUAAGAAAGAAGUCAUAGAGAAGCCCUCAGUGAGAAAGUAAGGAUUUCAGAGGGUAGUACCAACAGCAGGACGAUGAAGGCUGAGCUAGGAUACUGCUCUCUGCUUCUUCUGCUCCUUACUAUAGAUGUUUGGGGACAGCAGCCCAGACCCCGACCUCGACCAAAACCUCCCACCACCAAGAAGCCUUCCACCACCAAGAAGCCUCCCAAGAAAGAACUAGAACCCAAGGAGCCCACUGACUUUCCUCCUGUUAUCUACGGUCCACCCUCUUCAUUCCCAGACUGCCCAAGGGAAUGCAUGUGCCACUCUUCCUACCCAAACGCCUUGUACUGUGAGAGCCGCAACCUCCGCAAGGUCCCGGUCAUCCCAUCUCGCACCCACUAUCUCUACCUACAGAACAACUACAUUGAUUCAGUGACUGCUGACUCCUUUAACAAUGCCACAGAGCUCAAGUGGAUACACCUAGGGAAUAAUCGCAUUCGGUCCAUAGAGAAACAAGUGUUUGAGAAGCUUCCAAAUCUGCUGCAUCUAUAUGCACAGAGGAACCUUUUAAAGGAAAUCCCAAACAAUCUUCCUGCUGGCUUGGAGCAACUACGACUCAGUCGUAAUCAGAUCUCAAAGAUCGCUCCUGGUGCUUUCAACAAGAUGGAACACCUUGCUCUACUGGACUUGCACCAUAACAAGAUCAGCGACAGCAACCUGGCCAAGAAUCUCUUUAAAGAUCUUAAGAAUCUGAUACAGCUUAAUCUGGCUCACAACAUCCUGAGGAAGAUGCCUCCAAAUAUACCCAACAACAUUGCCCAGUUGUUCUUAGACAGGAACAACAUUGAGGAAAUUCCCCAGGACUAUUUCAAGGACUUCAGGAACCUCGCUUUUGUUAGACUUAACUACAACCACUUGACUGACAAGGGCCUCCCAAAGAUGAUAUUCAAUAUUAGCACACUGCUGGAUUUGCACUUGGCACACAACAAUCUGACUACGGUUCCAUUGUUUAACUUGCACCUAGAGCAUCUACACCUUAACAACAACAAUAUCGAGAGUAUCAAUGGAACAGAGAUCUGUCCCUUGACACCGAGCGUGGAUGUAUAUGAUCCAGACAGCGUGCCCAAGCUGAGGUACCUGCGACUGGAUGGUAACCACUUGACCCCGCCCAUCCCACUAGAUGUCAUCAUGUGCUUUAGACAUCUCCACUCAAUAGUGAUCUAGAGGUCAACUAAAAUCUUCUCAAUGCACAGUGCUCCUGUCCACUUGACAGUACUGACUGAAUUAACAGUACUAUGGAAAAAACAAAGAAAUUGCAAUAUACGGUUGCUUGGUAGCUUCAGGAAUGUUUGUCUGUGCUUCGAAAAGCAUAUUUAUUAAACUUCAAGUAGGAUCAACUGCUUUGAGCAUGUCUGCAUUAAAGAUACAUAUUUGAUGUUAUGUUCUUGUGAUGCAACAGUAUUAACUACAAUUAAAUAUCCAUGAAUUGAAGGUGCAUUUACUGACGUGUAGUUUUCAGUCUCCGUUGUAGUUAUGGAUAAUGUAUUGAAACAGCUAAACUGCAGUCAAAAAGCUGCUUAUACACUCACUGGCCACUUAGGGACACCUGUACACCUGCUUACUCAUACAACUAUUCCAAUUAGUCAAUAAUGUGGGAGCAGCAUGAUGCACAACAUCGUGCAGAUACAAAUCAGGCUUCUGUUUAUUCAUUAAACAGAAUCGGAGUCAGAAUAGGAGAAAUGUGACCGCAGAGACUUGAUAGUGGCAAGUUAAGUUGGUUUGAGAAUUCAGAAAAUGCUAAGCUUCUGGGAAUUUCAUAUCUCUAGCAAUCGCACAGAAAACAAAAAGCACCAAAACAAACCUCCAGUGGUUAAGAGUUUUGUGGGUGGAAAUGCAUCGAUCGAAGGUUGAAGGAGAUCAAAGAUAUCAGAGAAGUAUGGUUAGAGUUAGACUCUUUUUAUAACUGCGCUGAACAGAAACGCAUCUCCAACUACGCAUGUAGAACUUUGCGGUGGCUAUAUUAGCAGAGGACCACAUCAGACUAUUCCUGUCAGACAAGAACAGUUUUUUCCUGUCCCUCAACUAACAGGAGUGGAGCCUGAUUUCUGUGCCGUAGCCCAACCGCCUUUAAUUUGUUCUGAGAUGCUUUUCCGCUCAACAUGGCUGUAAACGGCGGUUAUGACAGUAACUGUCUGCUCAAACCAGUCUGAGUCAUUGUCCACAUGAUUAGCUGACUAGACGAUUACAUAAAUGAGCAGGGGUCCAGGUUUUCCCAUUACAGUUGCCAAUGAGUGUAUGAGGACUAAAAAAAUGGAAAAUAGUCACUUUAAAAGAACUGGGAACAACGUGACUACCAUGUAGUUUAAACUGUGUGCAAUGUGCCUGUGUUUCUUAAGGUAUCAUAAUAAUAAUAAUAAUAAUAAUAAUAAUAAUAAUUAUAAUAAUAAUAAUAAUGAUAAAUCAUUUCUUGUUGUCACUUGCCUUUUUGCAUCUUCUGAGCAUAAAUAAAACUUGUUCUUAACUAUGGGUUUCCUCCUCAACAA